GUCUGACAUCCGACUUCUCUUGACUCAUCCAACACUACAAUGACCAGAUUAUAACAAGACUUGUUCAUUUUCGAAACCUUUGCAGUCACCAACCCACAUGUUGUACAAGUCAGACACGACGGCGUCGAUACGCUACUAUGGACUUGUUGAGUGGUCUCCCUGAGGAGUUGAUUGACGGGAUCUGUGCCUAUCUGGAAAAUGAGGAUCUGAAGAAGUUGCGAUUCUGCUGUAAACAAAUCAAGGUGAAAUCACUUCACGCGUUCGAUAAUCGAUUCGUGGGAAUUGUACGAUGUGAGUCUCUGUCUUUGUUAGCUCAUUGCCAACGACAUGUGGGUAACAAGAACGUUGAACAUCGAAAAGUAUUUUGGCACCAGCAGCAGCAAUUAGUCAUUGACGAACACUAACGCUUGAUACCUAGUUAUACUCACAAGGCAAAGCCUACAACAACUUAUUGGUCUCUCGAAGAAUCUGUGGUUCCAAGAAGCGAUCGAAGAGUUAC